AUGAAAUAUAUUUAUGAGUGUGGACAUAGAUAUGAUACUGAUAUUAUUUCUUUUGUUUAUUCAAAUUUUUCAAUAAUCACUAGUAGUGAUUCAACACUUUCAAUUGCUCAAGAUAGAAUUUAUAGUGCUUCAUUUGAAGUCGAUCACCACUAUAUUAAAUCACUUCUAUUCGCCGAAUAUAUUAUGAUUGUUCUAAUUCAUAUUGAAUUGUUGUUAGUUAACAGCACUCCAUUAUUUAGCAUUGAAUUGAUAGAGCUAUUGAUGUUGUUAAUGUUGAUCGUUUGA